UAAACGAAGAUUCUGGCAUAUAGGAAUCAACGCUUGAACUGAUUUUAGUUUGACGUUUGUACUUACUAUAUCUCUUUUUAAUUCAAGACGGAAAACGCUUCCGUUGCAAGCCUCUGCACAUGUGGAAUUAAAUAGAAGAACUGUACCCAAUAGACCAAGGAUUCAACAUGUUAUACUUUCAAAUUAUUGUACUAUUGCUGUGUGCAUAUGCCGUCAAAUACAGCGAAGGCCAAGAUGCUGUCCAAAACGAGGCCCCUAUCUCUAUCAGCUCUACCAUUGAGGUCCUUACUACAACACCACCUCUGCCUGAAAACGGCAUAACGAGCGAUACACCUUCUGUUUUCGAGGCUUCUAGCUCUAGCCCUAGUUUGUCAUUGACGACAGUUCCUGAGGAUCCUGUUUUGCCUAAUUCCACAUCAACAAUUGAAGUUAACUCAAAAGACGUUUCCACAGCUUCUUUAGCGGAUUCCACUCAGUCAGGCGAUGCAUCAAAUAAUUUGGCAUCAGAUCAAUCAUCUCUAACCCCGAUACAAUUAUUGCCUGAGUCUUCUUCCAUCGCGCCUUUCACGUCGAGUAUUUCAGAAACGUCAAUAAUUGAUUCAACUAUUCAAACUACAAGUGAUUUAAAUCCGAUUCAUACGUCAAUAGAAACACUCUCGGUUUCUACACCAGAUUCUUUAAUUACAAACGUAGAUGUAAGUACGUCAUUCACUACUAUUUUAAGUAUUGCAGUAUCAGCAGAGUCGACUUCGUCGGUGUUAGCAGAUAUAACUUUUCCUAUAGAAACUUCAACCUCUUAUUCACCGGCAUCAUCAACAAUAGAGCAAGUCACUACCGAGCACUCGCUUACAUCAACUUCGGAAACGUCGCCAAUAAUUAAUUCUUCUCAAUCAUUUGAAACAUUGACGUCGAUAUCGCAUUUGAUAUCUCUAUUGUCUUCUACAAUUGACUCAACUAAGACAGUGGUUUCGACUGAUAUGACUCAACCAGGAACAACGAUUUCAUCAUCAAAAGUGGGGACUGUAACAACCAUUGCUGGACCAGAUUUUGAAACAAAUUCAGAAACGACCAAAACAAAUGCUAGCGAGGAUUCAACAUCAACAACAGGUAUUUACCCGACGUCGAAUACAAAUAUUGAAACAACACAUUCGAUCACACAAUCAACUAUAAUGUCCACAUUUUCAACACUACUAGAGAAUGCAGCCGUAAAUACACCGAUAGCCACGUGUACUGAAGACGCUACAAAUACAUCUCAUCAAACCAACAAUGCCUCUGCCACAUUUGACUACAAAAUUCUUCUGAAAUUUGAGGGCGAGUGUGGUUCGCUGAAAACGAAUGAAGAAUUUCGCACGAAGAUAUUCAAUACUAUUUCAAGCAUGUUUCACACAUUGUAUAAUAUAUCCAAAGAAGAAAUAUACUACUUCAGAAUUUCAUGUUCACCGAAUGAGCUGGUUAUGAUCAUUCGCGAUGCUGAUCAACAGGCUGUAGAUGCGAUCGUUCAAACGCUCGUUAAUUAUUCGGCUUCAUAUUUUGACGCAAACCUUUUCUCACUUUCUGACGCACAUAUAUUGGGACUGCAAUCUGAAACAGAUGCCAAUAUUGGCUUCCUUGAAACUGAGCUAGAGUUCACCGACAUUCUCAUCAUUUCAAUUUCGUCGUUUCUGUUUUUCGUUUUAUUGCUAAUGUGCAUCGUCAUGGUAUGCCGAGAAUGCUUGCGCAGGAAAAAGGGCCAAUCCUUUACGCUUACGGAAGUUUCUCAUGUUAACACUAAACUUGCGGACUUCACACUCACUAAGAUACCUCGCCCGAAGGUUAUUUACGAAAAGGAUGGGGUGACUGAGGCUUCUGCCCCUCACACGUCUAAGUUCCUAGACGAACUAAAACAUGUCAGUUGUCAGUCCGGUUGGUCAUCGGAAGAUGGCGUCAACAGAGAAAACCGUCAGUCGAUAAACGCCGAAAAUAUACUAGUCCGAAUGUCGGAUUGGAGGGAUGGUGUUGUUUUUGGUGUGACGUCACGGCAUAUGUACCCGGCCAUGUACCCGGAGAACACGGCAUCGCCAGUUUCUGAUGACGUUAACCGGAAUUUGAUCGCUUUGAGCAACAGCAAUCCGUCCAAUGGAGGAGUCGCAAACCGCGGGUUUCUCUCUGAUAACUUCACUGCAAAUAAUGACAUCGAAAAAGAUGAUGAACUAGAGAUGACGCUCUAA